GGCCGGAAGUGGCGGUUACUAAGGCGACACCAAGCGGCAGGCCCAGCUUUUCAGAGUUUCAGAGAAGUUUCUGGUGCCAGCUUCUGCCAUGUCUUCCCCCAAAGGAAGUAAAGGCCGUAAGAUAAAGCUCUCCAGCUUCGUCCAAAAGGUACCGCUGGAGGUGCCGUCCCCGGCAGAGCAUGACUGGCCUAAGGACGACGAAGAGGAUUUUGCCUUCAAAGAUUCAGAGCAGGAGCUGGACUUCCUGCCUCAGCCUUACCGAAUGAUCAACAAGAUGGUGAACCUGCUCUUUGACCAGACUUGGGAAGUGAUCAUGAGGAAGGAUGUGGUGAGGGAAGCAGAGCAGGGCCAGGCCCCGCUUGCCACCAGCUUCCCUCCGCUCAUAGAAAGCAAGCUCAACAAAAUGCCAAACUGUAUGGCUGUUUCCCAAGACUAUGUGUUCAUUGGAGGAGCCAAAGGGUUCUCCAUCUAUAAUCUGUAUGAUGCUAAACGGCUAUACGUCUGGGAGAAACUUAAGGUUGACGUCACUUCCAUCUGGGCUGCAGAUUUGGGGAAUGAAAUACUUAUUGCUCCCGUGGAUGAAAUGGGUAUUGCUAGACUGUUUUAUUUUUAUAAGGAUGGUCUUUUCCUAAUCAAAGCCAUCAAUGAAGUGGAUGAUACCAGCAAGCAAACCACCUGUCUGAAGAUGGAGAUCUCUCACGGAGGGGACUUCGCAGCCUUCCUCCUACAAGGCGCCGGAGAUAUUUGGCUGGAUGUGUAUAAAUUGCCCAAGGAGUCUUGGGUCAAGGAAGUGGAGCACCCCCAACCUGCUAUAAAUCCAAAGAAGAAAGUCAAGCAGCUGCAACUGAAUACUCUUGAUUCCGUGACUUCAGAGAAUUUGGAAACGGAUGUAAACAUUUGUUUUAGAGGAGACAUUAAGUUGAGUCCUCCAGUUCACAUCAUGAAGAUCAAACCACCCAAACCAGUUACAGGUACCACCUUUAAGAGCCCCCUGGAAGUCUUUGCAAGGAUAGAGGACUGCUACGGGCUGGGCUCAGGGCAGAACCACUUCAUCAAGGACAUUCAGUGGGAGCAGCAGGCGGCCAUCUUCAAAGCCUCGUUCAAGAAGUACCUGGAUGGGGAGUGGGAGGAGGAGCGGCUCAGUACGGCCACGUUCUACUUCCUCCUUCCUAGCUGCAUAACCGCCACGCCAGCGGACGUCAAGAGCUCCCCAGGGGUAGCCUGUGUCCUUGGCAUACACUGGACUGGAAGUCACAACUUCUUCCUCUAUUCACUUAACCGAACUCUCAAGGAUAAAGUCGACCCGGAGGGCGUGUGGCCCUGUGCCGCGCCCAUCACCGCCUCGCGGCUCAGCUUCGGCUGCUCCUACCUGGUGCUGGCCUGUGAGGACGGCGUGCUCACGCUGUGGGACCUGGCCGAAGGUUUCCCUCUUGGGGUCGUCGCUCUUCCCGAGGAAUGUUCCUGCCAGAGCAUUCACUUCCUAAAACACUACUUGGUCCACGAGGGACAGAACGUGUAUCCUGAGGCGCCUGUGAAGUCCCAGAUGCAAUGUGUGGUGCUGUGCACAGACUCCUCCCUCUAUCUGGUGACGGCCAGGGGGGCCCGGGAACCCACCAUCAGUGUGCUGGUUGAGAGCCCCGUAAAGAACCUGGAUGAAGCCAUCUGUGCAGUGGCCCCGGUCCCAGCCUUACCCGGCGUGGUGCUGACCUUUUCCAGGAAUGGCUCCGUGCAGCUCAUGGAUGUGGCCAAGCCUCAGGUUAUCUGUGCCUUUGCUCCACCCAGAACCUACUGUCUGGCAGUGCCCUGGAAGCCCGUGUUUGUCGUGCCUUUGGAUCACCCGUGUUUCCUGCUCCGAGGGGACCAUCCUGACGAAAUUGAAUCCGAGGACGCCAAGGACAUCCAGAAUUCUAUUUUCUAUUUUAAUCUCAAGGCCUAUCCACUCCUGGAAAACAUCUGUAACCCUGGCACCGUUCCGCAAACGGACAUGACCGAUAGCAUGGCCUUCGCCCAGGCGCUGCCCUUGGAGAAAAGAUGCGAGAUCUUCCUCCAGAAGAGGUUCCAGAAGCUGGAGAAGAAGGUGAAGGAGCAGGAGCACGGGAUGCGGCUCCGCAGGUACUCCCUGCUUCUCCAGAGAGAGACCUCCAGGAAGUGACGCGCUCGCUCACCAGCCUGGGACAGGCCGGCUCCGCCCCGGGAUGCUCUGGGGUCCAGGGACAAGGUGACGGAGGGCUGCCACUCAGGAGGCCCCAGGGCCCCGGCGGGCAGUCUGGGACCUCAGCAACGGGAAAGGGGUGACCCGGGGAGCCUGCAACCCUAAGCCGCUUGUCAGAGCCCCCGGCUGGGCACACGUCACCCCAAUAAACAGUGAUAAUGUC